AUGGGAGGUCCCACCAUGCUCGGUGGCGGUGCCACGGAGGUUACUAGAUCCGGCCGCGAGUCUGGUAGGUGGCACGAUGGUGAGAGGUGGUGGUGCCACCAUGUCGAUCGCGGGAUCGUGGGUGGAGUGGCUUUGGGCCGUCGUGGAUUUAGUCAUCGCGGCGGUUUUACUCCUGGUGCGCUUGCUUCCAACUAUGGUUGUUUGGAAGACUUCGGUGGAUUGGAAAAUAGGAGGAACGGAUUCCUUAAGCACGCGUUGAGUAUAACUCGUGCUCUCAAUGAAAGCACCAAAUGUUUGUGCAAAUAA